AUGAUGGAUGGACCCGGAGUACAGCGAACGUCGUCGCGUUACAGAUCCAAGUCGAGAUCGAGAAGCGCGUCGGGCAACACAAACACAAACACAAGCACCCAAAACCACAAUCCCUUCACCCAAAGCCCUCUGGCUUCCCCCACAAUUCCAGACUUUGACUGGGGCCAGACGAUCCAACAGCAGCAUCUGCAGCAGCUUCAGCAAGCUCAGUCGCAGGCGCCGUUGCAACCUCCUUUUGACGGCGGCUUCCCAGGCAACAGUGCCCAUUCCAGUCCUCAGAAUGGCUUCUUGAACAGUGUGCCUAAUGGGUUUCCAAACAGCCCUCAGAAUGGCUUCUUGAAUAGCCCCCAAAACGGCUUCUUGAAUAGCCCCUACGGGUCUCCUAUGGUUAAUGGUGUGCCUACGAAUGGGAAUGGAAAAGGUCACCCCAAUGGCACUUCUUCUCCAUCUAGAAACCCGUUCCUGUCCUCUCCGUCUGCCGCCCCCCAGGUCGAUCUUGGCCGAACCCGAUCCAGAUAUAGGAAGCAGGCAAGUCCGAAUGUGAACAUGGUCGGCGCCCUACCUCCAAUUCCUGCUCUUCAGAAGAAACCCAGUAUUCAGGGUCUGCAACAUAAACCCAGCUUACCGGGUCUGCAGCACAAGUCCAGUCGUUCUCGACUCAAGGUGAACACUGACUGGUCCGAUUCAGACUCAGAUACUCCCAAGAGUGCCGGAUCCGGAUCACGUGUGAUUGCCCCCAGUACUGCCAUGGCCACGCGAGACUCGCUCAAGGUCCAGGUCGAAUACAUGUCUGAAGAGCCUCGCCUGAUGACUAUCAAGAACACAGCUACGGUGGACUACCUGCUACAGCUCUGCCAGGUAAAGUGGAGUACGGAGUCGCUGGGUGGCAGCCUUGUUUAUGAGGUCUGGGGUGAGGGCAUGAUUCGAGAAAUGCGUCCUGAGGAGGAGUUGAAGAAAACGGUCGACUCUUGGCCUCGAAAUGCACAAAACUGCAUCAAGGUAGUCGAUAAGAGCCUCACUCCCCGUCUUCCAGCGAGCCAGGGACCUGUGGAGACCGAAGUCAUGUCCAAGGUUCAGUAUUAUCGAGAUCUGAGCUCCUGGAAGUCCGUCUACUUGUACAUGUCUGCCAACCUGGGUCUGAUUCUGUCCAAGAAAGAGUCUGAUGCCAAAUUGGGAUACAUGGAGAGCGCCAAGAACUACAAUAAAGAGGGCCAGACUAGCAGCAGCGUUCCCAACCUGAAAUUCAAGCACAAAGACGCCCGAAUCAUCGGCCUCAGCAACUUCAAGAUCUACCAUUACACUGAGAACAAGAAGAAGUCUGUCAAGCCUCCAAAACAGUUCACUCUGGUUCUCAAGAGUCUGCAGAACCUCGAGUUCUUUGAAAACCGACUCGAUUCCAUCUUUGUCAUUUCUACUAACGACGUCAGCCUCGUGCAUUCCAUUAUCAGAAUUGUCAAUAUCGCCUCCAGACCUGUCAACCCAAUCAUGCCCAGAGAAGACGAGCCUUUGUCGCAUCUGCAAAACCGUCUGGCUCCACGAAUGGCUGCACCAAACACAAUGUUCAACAAGAAUUCGCUGUUGGACAAUGCACGGCUGAAGAGCACACGUUCGAACACCCGGUCGCCGACCAUGUCACCAAAUCUCUCCCCCAACAUUUCGCCUCAACAGAGCCCAUGGGAUGAACGCACAUUUAACAGCGGUGGCUUGUUGUCUGAACAGAAGUUCCCUCGCGAGAAGAUCUUCAAGCAAACCAACCAUAUUAACCCUCUGGCCAAGGACAAGGAUAUCAUCAAGCAGGACAGUCUGUUGGGUCGGGCCAUGACCAUGAAGAGAGUCUAA